AUGGACCUUGGACGGGCGUGUGAAAGUGCUCAAGCCCUAAAGCUUCCAAUUCUGCGCUCGAAGAAAAUCCACUGGAUUGCCUUGGUCUUACCUAUUGGUUUGGUUUUGAUAAAUAAAUUGAGGAUGUUCUUUCUGGGAAAAAACAGCCCGGCGAGCGAAGAAGCUCCGGGAUUUGAGCAACAGGAAAAGGGAAGCUCGAUGCCAGAGGCGUCGGGGUCAGGGGUCGGGCUGGGAGUGAUGGGAGUGGCUGACGAGCAGGAUUACUCGACCUUCGAAAAUAGAACGGGUCUCGCCGACGACAUGAAGUUCCUGGCGAGCAUGCCCGAGCUUUGCGACGUGACCUUUCUCGUGGGUGACACUAGGGAGCCGGUUUGCGCGGUGAAGGCCGUCCUCGCCGCUCGCAGCAGAGUCUUCCAUAAAAUGCUUUACCAAGCGCCGAGUCCGCAGCGUAAAAAAGAACCUCAGAAAGAUAAGCUGAGAUUUUUCCUCAAAAGAAGCUCCGAGCCGCUGCUAAAUCUCCAGAACGCGGCUCAACAGCGGUCAGGUUACGUUCAGCAGUUGGCGCCCAUAAUAGAGCUACAAUCGAACCAGCAUCACACGUUGAUUAUUGAGGAGUUUGAGCCGGAUGUAUUCAGGCAGCUCAUAGAGUAUAUUCACACGGGAUCUGUCACUCUGCAGCCUAGAACUCUGUUAGGAGUGAUGAAUGCUGCUGAUUAUUACGGGUUGGACGAAUUGAGAAAAGCUUGCGCUGGUUUUGUACAAUGCUGCAUUACUGUUGAUACUGUCUGUGCGCUUUUAGCUUCUGCUGAACGAUAUAUUCAAUAUAAAUGUACAAAGUCGCUCGUACAAAAGGUCUUAGAAUUCGUAGACGAGCAUGGAAAUGAAGUAUUAAAUCUUGGAUCAUUUACACUAUUGCCUCAACAUGUUGUAAGAUUAAUCUUAGCCCGUGAAGAAUUGCGAGCUGAUGAAUUCACUAAAUUCCAGGCAGCAUUGAUGUGGAGUAAGAAAUACUGCGAUAGUAAUCCAGGUCUGCCAUUACCCGACGUAAUCGGUAAUUUCCUCGAGUACAUCCAAUUCCAUAAAAUCCCGGCUACCAUGUUGAUGAAAGAAGUUCACCCUCUGGGGCUGGUUCCCAACACUACUAUUAUGAAUUCUCUCGCUUAUCAGAUUAUUAAUUUUAAUGGGCACGUUGCGCAAUUUCUGGAUCUAGUUGCUGAGACUGAGCCUCACAUCAUAGCACUGACGGAAACUUGGUUGAAAUUAGUGCAUGAUGAUUCAGUGUUUAGUCUUGAUAAUUACACGAUAUUUAGGAGAGACCGUAAUUUGACUCAUCCUGAAACUGGUCGAUCAGUUAUGGGUGGUGGUGUGGCUUGCUUGGUUCAUAAGACAUUAAAAGCUAAGUUAAUUCAUAUAUCUGUUUCAGACCACGUAAAUCAACCUGAGUAUUUAAUCCUAGAUGUAGUUUCUGGCACUGGUAAUCAUCUCUUAUUAUCAGUAAUUUAUCGAAGGCCGCAGGGUAACCUAUUAAAUGAUUUCUUUGAUAUUAUUUCGAAACUUAUGACAAACUACAAGAAUCUGAUCAUUACGGGUGAUUUAAAUUGCGAUCUUUUAGAGUCAACGUAUAUCUCAAAACAUUUAAAAUCAUUUAUAUCUGAAUUAUCUUUAUAUUGUGUUUCAUAUCAGGCUACUCACCACUCAAACAAUAGAGACUCUUGGCUUGAUGUUGUCUUACUUGACAAUCAAUGUAAAUUAAACAGCUAUUAUAAGUCCAAGCAGCCAUUUAUUAAUGGACAUGAUUAUUUGGUAUGUGAUUAUAUGUUCGAUAGCCCGAAUAAAAUUGAUAAAAUUGUAACUUUCAGGAGUUUCUCUGAGUUAAAUUCUGAGGUCUUGAGUAACACUAUUUUCCAGUCGCUUAAUAUUGACAGAGAGCUAUUAGAAAGCCUGGAUCCCAAUACUCUGUUACACUUAUUUCAGACUAAUAUUUUAAAUGCACUUGAUGAGUUUGCACCUCUACGGUCGCGUAAAAUUGUACGGGCGUCAAACCCGUGGGUUACAAGAGAGCUAAAAUUAAAAUGCAAAAAACGUGACUCGUUGUACAAGCGUGCGAAAAGGAGUAAAAAUAUUGAGAUCUUGCGACAGUACAGAGUACUUAGAAAAGAACUAAAAGUAGAGCUAAAUCGUGCGCGUGAAAAUUACUUGAAGAAUGUACUUAGCAAUCUUCCUCAAGGAACAAAUGCCUGGAGUAAACUGAAACAUUUAGGCUUAGUAAAAAAAUCUGCUUCAUCUCCUUUGAGCUAUUUUGAUGCUUCUGAUUUAAAUGAUCAUUUCGCGAAUAUAGUAAGACGACAUCCCUCAUGUGAUCCUGAUUGGAUCGAUUCUCUAGAAUAUUCACAUCAAAUAAGUCUAAAGGGAAGGGUCCUGAUGGCUUGGACCUUAAAUGGUUAA